GCAUCAAAGGACGGAGAAACGCCCGCAUAAUGCUGCCACCAUCAUCGUAACGAGUCCCGGCGUCAUCAUCUCAUCAUUAACGCCACCAUUCAACCAUAUAACAGGCCGGCCCGUGCCCCAGGCAGACCAUCCUGUUGGACUUGAUUUACACAGAUCUAAAUGUAACCACAUCAUCCAAGUCCAACUCCAGAGCAAUUGUCUACCAUUCGAAUCGCACGCAGUUCAUCAUGUCCUCAAGAACAAAUCCCAUUUCGCGCUUUGCAGAAACCGCCAAGGAGAAGGUGGCGCCUAGUACUACCUCCAGCACCAAGGCCAAGGAUCCCACUGAGAAUUGGAGUCCUGAGGAGAUGUUUGAGACCACCCUCGACAAGGACGGCAACCCGGUCCCCGAACCCUACUCGUUCAUCGAUGGAGAAAGAAUGACCCGAGGAACGAAAGGUGGUAACGAUGAGGGAGAUGUGUAUGCCGCGGCAAAUGAUGACUUCGAUUAAUUCGCCGGUCCAGCAUAAUUACGAUGCUCGAGGCAUCGGGUGAAAAGACGCUAUGAUAUGAGACCAUCUUGAAUGUUGAAUGCUGUGCGUCAAUCCUGGCGGAGGGAUACAUGUAUGUGUAAAUGUGGAUAGCAGUAAUAUCCCCGUGGGGCACUCCUUGACCACGGGCCAAACCGAAACAAUCAGAUUGUAUGCGCGAAACAAGUUUG